UUUGACAUAUAUUCACAUGCAAAUUCAACUCAUGUAUGCGGGACAAAAAUGUUAAAUGGUCUUGGUGGUUCAGCAGAUUUUUUGAGAAAUUCCAAGCUCAGUAUUAUACAUACUCCAUCCACUCGACCUACAAAAAAAGAUCCUAUAGGAAUUUCUUGUGUAGUACCAAUGUGUUCACAUAUCGAUCAUACUGAACACGAUCUUGACAUUCUUGUAACUGAACAAGGUCUAGCUGAUGUUCGUGGUUUAUCUCCGAUUGAACGAGCGCAUUUAAUCAUUAAUAAAUGUGCACAUCCUGAAUAUAGACCAAUUUUAAAUGAUUAUUUAAAUAUAGCCAAAAAGGAAUGUAUGAAAAUUGGAGCUGCUCAUGAACCACAUAUGCUGGAUAAAGUGUUCAAGAUGCAUUCAAAUGUUUUGAGUGAGAAAAAUACUAUGAGAAUUGAUAGUUGGUAA